AUGCAGUUUCAGCAUUGUUUAACGAAAAUUGUUGCAGCACUCGACGAAAUUUCAGAGUGGCAAGACAGUAAGACAGCUUCCGAUGCCCAUUCUUUGAUAAAAGCAGUAUGUGAUUCCGAAUUUUUAAUUUCGACGUCUUGUUUAAAUGAUGUUCUUUCAACGACGCGACCAUUAAGUUUACUUUUGCAAGCACCAUCAGUCGACUUUAUAAUCGCUACUGAUGCUUUAAAGAACUCUUUGAAUAUUAUCGAAACUCGUAGGAAAUCAGCAGAAAUUUAUUUUUCCAAAUUAUUCAGUAAGGCAAAAAAUUUAGCUCAAGAACUAGAUUCGAGCAUUGAAAUUCCUCGCAUUGUAAAACGCCAAAAACAUCGUGCAAAUUAUUCUUCUGUCACUGCUGAGCAAUAUUACCGCAAGGCAAUUUUCAUUCCAUUACUUGAUUAUGUGAUACUUGAUCUUCAAGAACGUUUGCCAAAAGACACAUUGAAAGUAUUUGAUUUGAAUUUGCUAAUGCCUUCAGUGUUAAUUGAAGAAAACAACGUUGAAAAAGAAGUUUGUCAACGUAUUGAGUCACUUGGUGUUCAGUAUGAAUCUGUUCUUGGAAAUCAAGUAUCAAAUUUAGUUGGCGAGUACCAAGUAUGGAAAGAGCACUGGAAAAGUAAUAACAAUAAAAAAGUCUCCAUACCCAAGUCUGCUGUAGAAGUGCUGGAAAAAUGCAAUGAUCAGUGUCGCUACUGCUGA